AUGGCUCCAACACUCUCCAACGCCCUAUUCGCAGACCAAACUGAAGUAACCGAGUUCGUGGUUAACAAAGGCAAUGGCGUAAAGGGUUUGUCAGAAAGAGGAAUCAAAGCUCUUCCAUAUCAAUACAUUCAACCAUUGGAAGAACGUCUCAUCAACAAGUCCGUGAACCAAACAGACGAGGCCAUUCCCAUCAUCGACAUGUCGGAUCCCGACGAGAACAGAGUCGCUGAAGCGAUAUGUGACGCUGCUGAGAGAUGGGGUUUCUUUCAACUGAUCAACCAUGGAGUUCCUUCUGAAGUUCUUGAUAACAUGAAGGCUGCGACUCACAGGUUCUUUAAUCUUCUUGUUGAGGAGAAAAGUAAAUACACAAAGGAGAAUUCGUUGUCGAGGAAUGUUAGGUUCGGGACGAGUUUUAGUCCUCGUGCAGAGAAAGCGCUUGAGUGGAAAGAUUAUCUCAGUCUCUUCUUUGUCUCUGAAGAUGAAGCUGAACAGUACUGGCCUGAUGUUUGCAGGAACGAAGCUCUGGACUACAUGAACAAGUCCAAGACAAUGGUGAGGAAGCUUCUAGAGUAUUUGGGGAAGAAUCUCAAUGUGCAAGAGCUAGACGAGACAAAAGAGUCACUCUUCAUGGGUUCCAUUCGAAUCAACCUUAACUACUACCCGAUCUGUCCUAACCCUGACCUAACAGUUGGCGUUGGUCGCCACUCAGACGUCUCUUCCCUCACCAUUCUCUUACAAGACCAGAUCGGUGGCCUCCAUGUGCGUUCUCUAACGUCAGGGAACUGGGUUCACGUGCCCCCAGUUCCCGGAUCUUUGGUGAUCAAUAUCGGAGACGCCAUGCAGAUCUUGAGCAAUGGUCGGUACAAGAGCGUGGAGCACCGUGUCUUGGCUAACGGUAACAACAACAGAAUCUCGGUUCCUAUCUUUGUGAAUCCAAGACCAGAGUCCGUGAUUGGUCCUCUUCCUGAGUUGGUCGCAAAUGGAGAGGAACCGGUUUAUAGAGACGUUGUGUACUCUGACUACGUCAGAUAUUUCUUCAGGAAGGCACAUGAUGGCAAGAAAACUGUUGAUUACGCCAAGAUAUGA